UGGUCUCUGAUGAGAUUAUCCCAGUGUGUCAACAUGGCAGGCCGGGCUGGGUGUCGACUUCCGUCCACCCGGGAGCCUCCCCCUCCCCCAGGCAGGGACACACUUUGACCACCUGUAUAUAAAGCGGAUCCUGGCUGGACGUCAGCAUCAGCCCGUGUGAGAAGGUGAAACAGUCUCAAUGGAUCUCACCAGCAUUCUUUUUGUUCUUUUGCUACAGAUCAUCACCUUUUGCCAUGCACAGUCGGGCUGGGAGCAGACCGUCAAUAACGAGCACUCGAUGGACCCGUACGGCAAGGAAACCAUCACAGACACCAUCCUCAAGAUGAACAAAGGCGCUUUGCAGAGACUGAUGGAGGGAGACCUGCUGCUUCCGACAACAAGGACCGCCAUGAAGUGCGUGGGUGACCCGCACAGCUGCCUGUGGCAAAAAUCUCCCAACGGCAACGUGGUGAUCCCGGUCGCCAUAUCUGACAACUACGACGCCAGCGAGAAGAGCACCAUCGUGACGGCUCUCCAAGAGAUGGAGGCCCAAACCUGCAUCCGAUUCAUUCCACGAACCACACAGCGAGUUCACAUCAGCAUCGAGCCAAAAUACGGGUGUUUCUCCAUGCUGGGCCGCCUGGGAGACAAGCAGGUGGUCUCCCUGCAGCGCUUCGGCUGCGUCCAGCACGGCAUCAUCCUGCACGAGAUGAUGCACGCCUUGGGCUUCUACCACGAGCACACCCGUAGCGACCGCGACAACUACGUGCGCAUCGAGUGGGAGAACGUCCAGAAGCUUCACAGACACAACUUCCAAAAGCAGGACACCAACAACCUCAACAUCCCGUAUGACUACACCUCUUUGCUGCACUACGGAAGGACAGCCUUUGGCAAAGGCCAGGGCGAAACCAUCAUCCCCAUCCCCGAUGAGUCCGUGGAAAUCGGCCAGCGGAAUCGCCUCUCCGACCUGGACGUGCUCAGGAUAAACCGCCUGUACCAGUGCAAGAAUUACAGACACUAGAAUGUUCUUUUUCUGUGAGUCUCAAUU